AUGAGAUUGCACUUGAAUGAUCGGCCAAAUGAACCCAUUGCGGUGAUUGGUAGUGGAUUUAGGUUUCCUGGGGGUACCGAUACUUCAGCAAAGUUAUGGGAUUUGUUGCGUGAGCCUCGCGAUGUGCGGAGUACCAUUCCUGUAAAUCGAUUCAACCCAGAUGGCUUUUUCCAUUCAGCGAACGAUCGACAUGGAACUAGCAAUACCCGCCAUGGCUACUUUCUCAGUGAGGAUCUCCGACAAUUCGAUGCUCAGUUCUUUGGUAUCAAGCCUGUCGAAGCGAGCUCGAUGGACCCCCAACAGCGGCUGCUGCUCGAAGUCAUCUACGAGGGUAUUGAAGCUGCUGGUCUGUCCAUGGAAAAUCUCCGUGGUUCAAUGACAGCGGUAUACAUCGGUCUCAUGGCUGUCGGCUACGGGGACUUGCUGAACCGCGACACGUCAGACUUCCCUCCUUACAUGGCCGCGGGCACUGCUCGGAGCAUGAUCUCGGACCGCGUUUCGUACUUUUUUGACUGGCGAGGACCUUCCAUGACUAUCGACACGGCAUGUUCCUCCAGCCUGGUAGCGGUGCACCAAGCAGUCCAGUCGCUCAGGUUAGGGGAGUCACAAGUAGCCGUAGCUGCUGGAGCAAACCUGCUUCUUGGCCCGGAGCAGUUUAUAGCAGGAAGCAAUAUGAAGAUGUUGUCACCGGACGGUCAUUCGUACAUGUGGGAUACUCGGGCCAAUGGCUACGCUCGCGGUGAGGGCGUUGCAGCUAUCGUGCUCAAGACCUUGAAGGCGGCAAUCGCAGACGGCGAUGAUAUCGAGUGUGUCAUUGUGGAGACUGGUCUGAACCAGGAUGGUAAAACGAAGGGCAUCACGGUGCCGAGCGCAGCAGCGCAAGCUACGUUGAUCGAGACAACGUACAGGAAGGCGGGACUCGAUCUGACGCAACCCUCCGGUCGACCGCAAUAUUUCGAGGCUCAUGGCACCGGCACGCCCACAGGUGAUCCUAUAGAGGCCGAGGCGAUACACAGUGCGUUCUUCAAGCACACCGAGACUCGUCAAGCCACGGAUCACCUAUAUGUGGGUUCUAUCAAGACGGUCAUCGGCCAUACUGAAGGCGCAGCUGGUCUGGCCGGCCUGAUCAAAGCAUCGUUGGCCUUGAAACAUGGCAUCAUACCACCAAAUCUUCUAUUCGAGAAUCUUGCACCUGCCGUCAAGCCUUUUUACGACAACCUUGAGAUCACCACCACGGCCAAGCCAUGGCCAGCUCUAGCGCAGACAUCCGUACGGCGAGCUAGUGUAAACUCUUUCGGCUUUGGGGGCGCAAAUGCCCAUUGCAUUCUGGAGAGUUACUGCCAUGAGGAGAGCGAACAAGACAGUUCACCUGUCGCGUAUAUUCCUUUUAUGUUUUCGGCACCAUCAGAAAAGGCUUUGUCAGCUGUGGUCGCGUCCUACUCAAAUCACCUUAGAUCUGAACCUUCAGUCGAUCUUCGGGCUCUAUCUCAUACAUUAUGCACCAAGAGGAGUGUUUUCUCAGUCCGAGUGGCUUUCUCAGCUACAAACGUCGGAGACCUUUGCACAAAGCUCGAUUCAUUUCUUCAAGGUAUGCAGAUCAAGCCAAUAGUCGCUGUAUCAACUUAUGCCCCCCCUCCGCGUAUACUGGGCAUCUUCACUGGCCAAGGAGCUCAGUGGGCAGGCAUGGCAAGUAAAUUGAUGCGGUUUUCGGCAGCUGCGCAGCUCAUUGAGGAACUUGAGCAAAGCCUGGCCGAGCUACAGGAUGCACCCUUGUGGUCAUUGAAAGCCGAGCUGUCUGCGAACAAGUCGUCCUCCCGGAUCACGGACGCUGCCCUGGCACAACCAGCUUGUACGGCAGUGCAGAUACUCUUGGUAAAACUGUUACGUGCUGCCGGCAUUCACUUCUCUGCCGUCGUUGGUCACAGUUCUGGUGAGAUCGCCGCUGCUUAUGCUUCAGGUUACUUAUCUGCGAGGGAUGCGAUACGGAUUGCAUACUACCGUGGUGUGCACCUACAAUUGGUUGGCGGCAGGAAUGGAGAGACUGGUGCCAUGAUGGCCAUCGGAGCUUCGUUCGAGGAAGCGCAGAAUAUUUGCAGUUUGGACGAAUUUCGUGGGAAGAUCUGCGUUGCUGCAAGUAACUCCGCCUCUAGCGUUACGCUAUCCGGCGAUACCGCAGCCAUAGAAAGCGCCAAGGCUAUGUUCCAGGCGAAGAACAGGUUUGCGAGAGUUCUCAGAGUUGACAAUGCGUACCACUCACACCACAUGAUGCGUUGCUCGGAAGCCAUCACAGCGUCUUUGCGUGCAUGCAAGAUUGCAUCGCGCCGACCGAAUCGCUCGAAUUGUCUAUGGGUUUCCAGUGUGUAUCAGAGAGAUAUCACUAUGGUCACAGAAAGCCUCGAUGACCUUUACUGGCAUAGCAACACAGUAAGCCCGGUGCUCUUCUCACAAGCACUUGAUCACCUCCUGCAAAAGUCCAGCUUUGAUCUUGCUGUGGAAGUCGGGGCCCACCCCGCUCUCAAAGGACCGGCUUCGCAGGUGAUCGAGGGCGCCCUUGGUCAUACUAUCCCAUACACUGCAAUGUUGAGCCGCAACGAAGACGAUAUCGGAGCCUUCUCAGACGGCUUAGGCUACAUAUGGGCUAAUCUCGGCGGUAACAUCAUUGACUUCGCAGGAUAUGACCGUACUCUGAACGCUUCUGAACCACCAAGGAUGCUCAAAGGAUUGCCCACAUAUCCCUGGGACCAUCAUAGAGCUUUUUGGCAUGAGUCCAGGGCCUCGAAUACGUUUCGCCUCCGACGUAGUCAUCAUCAGCUUCUCGGUAUCAGAAACCCCGAUUACUCUGGAGACCACAUGUCAUGGAAGAACUAUCUUGUACCGAACGAGCUGUCGUGGGUUUCAGGCCAUCGUAUUCAAGGUCAGCUGAUCUUUCCUGGUGCUGGCUACAUAUCAUCAGCUUUCGAAGCCGCACGAGAGGUUGCGGCUGAACGACCAGUGAAGCUCAUUGAGUUGACAAACUUCCUGUUCGGUCAGCCCUUGGUGUUUCACUCCGAAGACUCUCGCGUUGAAGUUGUUCUGUCAUUGGCCGGUAUGCGUCAUCGCAACUCCACAUUGACGGCGGAGUUCACCUACCACUCGAUCGCUAAUAAAGAGUGCGGUCCGAUGUCACUCAAUGCAAGUGGUCAACUGAACAUUAUCUUUGGUGAUCCAGACGCCAACAGCCUGCGUCCGAUUCCAGAGUCUCAGUUUGGCAUGACGGAAGUCGACCCUGAAAGAAUUUACAGUUCCUUCUUCAGCUGCGGGUAUCAUUACACUGGCGUUUUCAAAGCGUUGGUAUCCGUGAAAAGAAAACUUGGCGUUGCCUCUGGUCUAGUCCAAGUCUCUGAGAUGGCCCCCACGGGAAGACUCUUGGUUCAUCCGGCAACUCUGGAUGCGGCUAUGCAGUCUUUACUCAUCGCAUACUGCUACCCUGGCGACGGCCGACUGACGUCCUUACCGCUACCGACUGGUGUGUCAAGAAUCUCCAUCAAUCCAACUACAUCCCUAAGCAGUUCAUGUGAACGAAAUUUGAGAUUCGUAUCGUAUAGCAAAGAUGAUGGCAAGCGAACUGAGGGAGAUGUAGACCUCUACCCUGCAGAUGGUUCAAAUGCAAUGCUCCAGCUGGAAGGUCUACGCACAAAACCACUGGUCCCCGCCACGUCAGUGAACGAUAUCCAAAUGUUCUCCGAGACUGUAUGGGGCCCAGCUUCUCCAGUUUUAGGGAACACACUCAAAAACCAUGAAGCCAUCCGCUCCUGUCCUGAUGAGUACAUCCAGAUAAUGUCUGCUACAGCUAGGCAGAUAAGUCACCGCUAUCCAGCAAUGAAAAUUUUGGAGAUUAGUGCGCGCGAGACGGGUGCGACCAAAUUCUUCUUGACGGAGUUGGAUGACGCUUUCGCCUCAUACACAUACACGGACAUCUCUGACGAGUAUCUUGAUCAAGCCAGAACAGUCUACAAGGCGUACGACGACAGAAUGAUUUACAAGAUUCUGGACAAAGAAAGCGAUGUUGUUGACCAGGGCUACUCUGAGCACUCUUUCGACUUGGUAGUCGCGUUCUCGAUCUCUCAAAAAGCCAUCAAGCUUGAUCGUACGAUGAGGAUUAUCAGGCAACUGCUCAAGCCAGGCGGCUAUCUUUUGUGUCAGCAGCCCAUCAAUAUUGAACAAACGCGAUCUGAUUCAACCCUGAAUACAGCCUCGGAUUCACGCUCUAGUCAUGACGGCGAACGCCCCCCCUCCCCUUUUGUGGACGUUCUGGAAUGGAUGCGGAUAAUCAAGAAACAUGGCUUUGCAGACGGCAAUUCGACGGUAGAGACGAUGAGUUCUGAUCCAUUCCAUCACAGUGUCAGACUCAUUCAAGUGGUUGACAACCGUAUCCAAUUUCUUCGCGAGCCGUUAGUAUCGACAGAAGGGCAUUCGUGUUUUUCAGGUAUCACUCUGGUGGGCGGUGCGAGCUCUGCCACGUCCGCUUGUAUGAGCGAUCUCACAGGAAUUUUGCAAACUUACGGCGGCAAGAUCACCCAAGCUGAAAAACUACAAAAUUUAGUCGAUGCCGACCUACACUUCGGCGGCGCCAUCCUUCUGUUGCAAGAUCACGACAAGCCUUUCUUCGAGGGCCUAGACUACAAGAACCUCAAAGGUCUGCAGAAACUUUUUGAGAAAAGCAAGAAUGUGUUGUGGGUCACUUACGGCUACAAGUGCGGCUUGCCACAUGCGAGAAUGCUGGUGGCUUUUGCAAGAUGCUUGCUCCAAGAGAUGCCUCAUGUUCGACUUCAGAUAUUGGACUUACCAUCUUCAGGCGCCCUUGUUGCAACUUUGAUCUCAAAACAUCUCCUCAGGUUGCUGGUCACCGCUAGAUGGGAAGAGCAAGGUCACCUCCAUGACAUACUCUGGUCCUUUGAGCCUGAAAUUUCCCACGAGACUGGACAAAACUUCAUUCCUCGAGUGAAACUCAGUAAGUCUCUGAACAGUCGCUAUAACUCGGCUCGCCGCCUAAUUACCGAAUCCGUCGAUCCAAGCUUGCUGCCCGUCGCCCUAUCGGUUGAGGCUCAAACGUAUGCUCUCAGAUCGAAACAUGGACUUGGUCUGGUGCAGACGCCAAAUAGCGCCGAUAUCGUCACCAUUCGUGUCACACACUCGCUUCUGAAAGCGGUCAAGAUCGAAAGUUGCGGAUUCUUCUACCUCCUCGUAGGUACAGACAUUGCAACCCAUGAGCAGGUUGUCGCACUGUCGAGCACGCUCUCUUCAGAGGUUGAUGUGUAUAAGGGCCUGGUCCGAGUUUGCUCUUUACCAAGGAUCAAAACGAUUGAAUAUAUUCAUACCCUGUUCUACGGUCUGAUUUCUUAUACGGCCCUUCGAGAUCUCCAUCCGGGCGACUCUCUACUCGUUCUAGAACCCGAUAAAGACUUUGCUGCUGUUCUCGGAACCCUUGCUACUGCCCAAGGUAUCCGGACGGUGUUCUAUACGGCUUCACACGGUAUGAAUAACCAAAUGACAUGGAAGACUAUACCAUUCCGUGCUUCCAAACGGGACGUGAACGCCGCUCUUCCCCACAAUCUGUCACGAGUAGUUUGUUGGCAGGACAACGAUUGGUCCUGCAGAAUCCUCCAGAACAUACCCAGCGACAUUCCAAUCGAUACAUUGGGGUUCUAUGUGGGUGUCGGGGGUUCACCUCUUCGAACUUGGGCAAUGUCUGGGGCAUCCGAUAUGUUCGACCGCAUGCAGGAUCAACUGGUUCUACUGACAUCUAAAAUUGAAUCCAAGGUAAAAAGCACACUCUCGCUGGCGGACGUACACGGUUUUGACUCAGAGUCCAAUGCAAUGAGAGUGGUAGACUGGAUGACUACCUCCAAGGUUCCAGUGACAGUUGAACCUGUUGAUCAGCGUGCGCUCUUUCGCCGCGACAGGACAUAUUGGCUAGUGGGUCUCACGGGCGGCUUGGGUCUGUCACUAUGUGAAUGGAUGAUCUCAAGAGGUGCCAAAAACAUCGUCCUUUCUAGUCGAAAUCCUAAGAUUGAUCCUCGAUGGCUUACGCACUUCGAAUCAUUGGACGCAACAGUCAGGGUCUAUGCCAAUGACAUAACAGACCACGAAUCUGUCAAGUCAAUCUACAGCGAGAUCACAAGAGACAUGCCACCAGUCGCGGGAGUGUGCCAUGGCGCAAUGGUUAUUCAGGAUGCGCUGGUCCAAGAUCUUGACAUGUCACGGGUGGAGAAGGUGUUGAAGCCCAAAGUCAACGGCGCAAUUCACCUCGAUGAGGUCUUUCAACAUCAGACGCUCGAUUUUUUCGUCAUGCUUUCUUCUAUCGCAGCCAUCACAGGCAAUCCGGGUCAAGCAGCGUACGCUGCCGCUAACGGAUUUUUAGCCGGACUAGCUACUCAACGAAGGUUGCGCGGCCUGCCUGCUUCAACAGUUAACCUUGGUGCGAUUUUGGGUAAUGGGUAUGCCACGCGGGGACUCACGCUUGCUCAGCAAGUAACGCUGCAAAAGGCUGGCGUCAUGUGGACGUCAGAACAAGACUUCCAUUCCGCAUUUGCUGAGGCGGUUGUAGCAAGUUCGCCACAUGCCAGUGCAAGUGGCGAAUUUACCACGGGGGUGCGCAUUUGUUACGCCGAUGAGGAUCACAAGCCAAAGCAUGCGAGUAGUCCUAUCUUCUCGCAUCUUGUGUUGCAGAGGAAUGUCUCUACGCGAUCCAUAAUUGCGAACGAACCGGUCACGUCGGUCAAGUCUCAGCUACUCCACGUCACGACUGUGCAGGCAACAAUCCAUAUUCUGGAGGGCUUUUUGACUUCGAAGCUUCGAAAAGCACUUCAGAUGUCCCCAGAUGCCGACGUAAUCAACCAAACUGCCGAUAGUUUGGGUAUCGACUCCCUUGUCGCCGUCGAGAUGAGAUCGUGGUUGAUGAAGGAGCUCAACGUUGAUAUGCCGGUGUUGAAGAUCAUCGGCGGUGGCACGAUGCGUGAGGUUCUGGGAACAGCUCUGGAGCUACUGAUCCUGCCAUGA